AUGAAGGGCCUCCCCCUCCCCGUCGUGUCCGCCAUCAACCCCGCCGUGGGACACCUGUUCUGGUGGCAGCAGAGCGUCAGGAAGCAGGUGGGGCCCAUCCUUGAGGGGGGGGCCGACCGUGACAGUGCCGGCGCCCGCCAAACCAUAUUCCAUGCGCUACGGGAUAGCCCCCUGCCGCAGCAGGAAAAGACGCUGGAUAGGCUCUGCGACGAGGCCGAGAUCAUGACAGGGGCCGGGUCGGAGACGACAGCGCAGGCCAUGACGCGGCUCAUGUUCUAUCUCAAGCACGCGCCUGAGACGCUCGUCGAGGUGAGGCGGGAGUUGGACGGCGUCGUGCGGAAGGGAGGGCCGGUUCCCUCGUGGAUCGAGCUGCAGCGGCUGCCGUAUCUUAGCGCCGCCAUCAAAGAGGCUAUCCGCCUGUCGUACGGUGUGACGACGCGCCUUCCGAGAAUUUGCCACGAGGAUAUCCGAUACAAGGACUGGAUCAUCCCGGCCGGGACACCCGUCUCCAUGACGCCCCACGAUGUCCUCACCGAUCCGGACGUCUUCCCUGAACCUCAUACGUACCGCCCCGAGCGAUGGCUGGAGGCCGGCACGGCGGGGCGCAAGCUCGACAGGUAUUUCGUGCCGUUUGGCAAGGGCGCGCGGCAGUGUCCGGGAAUGAACCUCGCCCACGCGGAACUGUUCCUCACAGCGUCGACAAUCAUCUCGCGCUUCGACUGGGACCUGUACGAGACGGGCCUCGACGACGUCACAUGCCAGCACGAUUUCUUCGUGGCUGUGGGUAAGCUGGAUAGCAAGGGCCCUUGGCUCCGCGAGAUGGAACAUACUGACCAGAGUCCUGCACGAGGUCGGCAUGUUCUUUGUAGCAUCGACUUCAAGAUCCUCGGCAGCUUCAAGUAUAACAUUGUGUCGCAUCAUAGAGCGGCAGGGGUGACGGAGGGUUCGACAAGGGCGGAAGCCGGCAAGAUUAUCCUUCCGCAGUGGAUGCACAAUGGUGCCAUGGACAGAAACUGA